GGUGACGUGGAAUUCGCAUUCUCUCUCUCUUUUCUUCCACCUCUCUCCUUUUCUCAAAGCAAACCCCUUUCCCUCGUUUUUUUCAAGAGAGAGAAACUAGUGAGAGAAAGAGAUUUUUUUACCAUUUUCGUUCGUUUAAGCGCAGUCGAAUAAUUUCUCAGGAAGUAUUUGACUCAAUCUUGGUGCUUAUCUCAUGGGAAACAGUGAGGAUGGGAAAUCCAUUAAGACUGAAAGACCUUCUUCACCUGUAGCAACUGAUCAGACCGAUCAAGCCAACCCAUCGAACAUGCAUGUCUAUCCUGAUUGGGCUGCCAUGCAGGCAUAUUAUGGGCAAAGAGUCAACAUUCCUCCAUAUUUCAACUCGGCUGCUGCUCCUGGUCAUGCUCCUCACCCAUACAUGUGGGGACCACCACAGCCUAUGAUGCAUCCAUAUGGGCCGCCAUAUGCACCACCAUUUUAUUCACAUGGAGGGGUUUAUACUCAUCCUGCCGUUGCCAUCGGGUCAAAUUCAAAUGGUCAAGGAAUUUCAUCUUCACCUGCUGCUGGGACUCCUACAAGCAUAGAGACACCGACCAAAUCAUCUGGAAACACUGAUCAGGGUUUAAUGAAAAAAUUGAAAGGAUUUGACGGGCUUGCAAUGUCAAUAGGCAAUGGCAAUGCUGAAAGUGCUGAGCGUGGAGCUGAAAACCGGCUAUCACGGAGUGUGGAUACUGAGGGUUCCAGCGAUGGAAGCGAUGGCAACACUACAGGGACCAAUGGAACAAGGAAAAGAAGCCGGGAUGGGACACCAACAACCACUGAUGGAGAAGGGAAAACUGAGAUGCCAGAUAGUCAAGUUUCCAAAGAGACUGCUGCUUCCAAAAAGACAGUGUCAGUUAUCACAAGCAGUGCUGCAGAAAAUAUGGUUGGACCUGUACUUUCUUCAGGUAUGACCACAUCACUGGAACUGAGGAACCCUUCACCUAUUUCCACCAGUGCUCCACAACCUUGUGGAGUUUUGCCUCCUGAAGCUUGGAUGCAGAAUGAGCGUGAGCUGAAACGUGAGAGGAGGAAACAAUCAAAUCGUGAAUCUGCUAGAAGAUCCAGGCUUAGGAAGCAGGCUGAGGCUGAAGAAUUGGCACGAAGAGUCGAUGCGUUGACUGCUGAGAAUUUGGCGCUGAAAUCAGAAAUGAAUGAAUUGGCUGAAAAUUCGGCGAAGCUGAAGAUUGAAAAUGCUACAUUAAAGGAAAAGCUGGAAAACACUCAACUGGGACAAACAGAAGAGAUAAUUUUGAACGGCAUGGACAAGAGGGCUACACCUGUAAGUACAGAAAACUUACUGUCAAGAGUUAAUGAUUCCAAUUCUGAUGAUAGAGCUGCAGAGGAAGAAAAUGGUUUCUGUGAGAACAAACCCAAUUCUGGUGCAAAGCUGCGUCAACUACUCGACACAAAUCCUAGAGCUAAUGCUGUGGCCGCUAGUUGAAAACCAGUAUUUGCACUGGUUUGUUGAUUAUGUAGUUUUGGCAUUUUAUUACAAGUCCAAAAUUACUGCUAACAGUUUUCAAAUGGAAGGAUCAAUUGAAUUUUAGGAUCUUAAUCCAUCAAUGCCAAAACUAAUUUAUUACUUUUCAGUUUUUUAGGACAUAAAACUAUGUUUUCUGUUUAGAUUUGAUAGGGGAAUGGAUGAAAGCUUUAAAAGUUUGUACAUUGAAGAGAAUUAGGAGAUUUAGUUUAUAGACUUUAGAAAGGGUUGUGAUUGGAAUCGAUAUAUGAUUUGGUUUUGUAUUAACUAUUGGUGUGAACCUUGGUAUCUGAGAAAAGGUAUUAUGACUUUUUUUAGUUUGAUUUG